CAAGUGUAAAUUAGCAAAAGCGUGCCUUCACGGUUCUUCUUGUGUUGUUUCAUUUUGCAUUGUUUACGUCUUUUUCCCCAAUUUUAAUCCCAAAAACACCAUCAAUCUUUUGGUAUCUACCUCCAAUUCAUCAUGAACGACCUCUUAUCUGCAUUUAAUAGCCCUCAAAGAAGCACUCAUGGCGGUGGAGAUAUCGAAACAGGAAAGCGAUCCGCAGAGAUAGAGUUGGACGAGUUUUUUAAAAAGGUUCAACUCAUCGAGAACGAAUUCAAGAAACUUUAUACACUUCUGAAAAAACUACAGGAUUCUCACGAAGAAUCAAAAUCCGUAACCAAGGCUGCUGCCAUGAAAGCGAUCAAGAAACGAAUGGAAAACGAUGUGGAUGAAGUUGGAAGGAUAGCGCGUAUUAUCAAAGCGAAAAUCGAGGAACUUGAUAAGGAGAACUUGACGAAUAGACAAAAACCGGGAUGUGGACAAGGAACCGGUGUAGACAGAUCAAGAACCGCAACGACUCUUGCCUUGAAAAAGAAAUUUAAAGAUAAGGUGACAGAAUUUCAGACACUUAGAGAAAAUAUACAUCAAGAACAUCGCGCAGUUGUUGAAAGACGCGUCUUUACAGUAACGGGAACUAGAGCAGAUGAAGAGACAAUUGAUCGACUAAUAGAGACGGGUGAUAGCGAACAAAUUUUUCAAAAAGCAAUCCAGGAACAGGGGCGAGGCCAGGUGGUUGAUACACUUGCUGAGAUUCAAGAACGCCAUGAUGCGGUAAUAGAGGUAGAAAGGAAGCUUCUUGAUCUGCAACAGAUAUUUCAAGAUUUGGCUAUAUUAGUGGAUGCUCAAGGGGAAAUGCUAGACAAUAUAGAAACACAUGUGUCAAGUGCGGUUGAUCAUGUGCAAAGUGCGAACAAAGCCCUUCAAAAGACAAAGAAGCUACAGAAAAACACGAGGAAAUGGAUUUGUGUUUCGAUUAUGGUUUUGCUCAUAGUUAUCUCAGUUGUUCUUGUCGUUGUAGUCAAACCGUGGCAGAGUAACAAAGGUGCUUGAAUAGGCGCGGUUCUAGCUUAGCUUUGCAAAACAUUACAUAACCGAUUACUUGUACAAAAUGAGACCAUUUAUAUGACCUUGUAUGUCUUGAAGUGCUUCUUCAUAUGAAUGUAUGAUCAGAAAUCAUUGUCA